AUGCAAGAACUAAAAUCUCCAAAGUUGUUAAAUAAUCUAGUCUCAAACGUUUAAAAAAAAUAAAACCCUAUUCCUUCAUCAACAGAUGUCAACAUUCUCCAGCAAAUUUUAGACCAAGUUUAACCUGUGGAGAUAAUACAUAAUAAUAAUGCUGAUGGUUAAGGAUGUAAACUUAAUAUUCAAUAUGAUAGAGGCAACUCAAAAGCGAAACAAUAAAGCCCUUAAAAUUAAUGAAGAUUAAGCAGAACAAUAGUUAAUUGACUUUAUUCAAUUAGGCAUCUAAGACUUUGAAGCUAGCCAAUAUUCCCAAUGUGUAUAUCACUUGAAAUAAGCAGAAUAAAUACUAACUGCCAUUUCAUAUUCUAAUCCCUUAAUCCAUUAUUUCCUGAUGAUAAGAAUAGAUUUGGGAGUAGUCUAUUAUGCAAUUGGCUGGUUAGAACAAGCAUUUACUUGUUUUGAAGAUGCCAUUUUGGCUUUAAAAAAAACUCCAAGAACAGAUUAGGAAGGGUAUCUCCUAUCGAUAAUACGGCUGCAUUGUUAUUUGUAAUGCUGCAUCAUUCUUUCCGAGAGUGGUCAGCAUUCCGAAGCCUUAGCCUUUGCUAAAAUGGCCAUAAGAAAAUCUUCCAAGAUAUUGAUAGAUCUCCAAAAGUACUUACAGAGCUAAAUACAUUAAUAAGUCCUUGAGGAUAUCCUUAGGAAGAGCAUUCCAAUUCUGAAACCGAAACAUCAAACAAUAGUUUAGGGUUAUCAAGUUCAAACCCAAGCUGCUUAAGAAGUACAAUGAUUAGUAUUAAAGAGUUAUGAUUAAGUGUAUUCUGGAUGUCCAUAAGAGUAUAUUCAAAGAGCCAACAUCUUAUACUUCAUCCAAAUGUACCCAGUAAAUUUAAGCAAUUUCAACCAUGUGAUGAACUUCCCUACUAAUUAACAAUAUUUGCAUCUGAUUUGUUUAUUUGUGAUUUCCUUGUAUUGCACCUCAACGGAGUCUAAAUUUACCUAGAAAGUUGAAUCUUGUUGUUUUAGUGAAGCAGAGAAUUACUUAUCAAGAGCCUUAGAGAUAGCUUACUUGUAUUUACCAAAAGAUCUACCAUUAAUAACCUAAUUGUUAAAUGUCCAUAAUAGAUUUUAUGACAUUUCUAAAUAAGUAUUAUAUUUGCAUGAAGCACUAGGCAAUAGAUGAAGAUGCAAAGAUUAAAAUGGAUUAAGGACAUUUUGAGAUUGUACUUCUCAAGCCAGUUGUUGAAUCGUAAAAGUGUGGUUUUGUUAUUCCAAUUAUAAGAAAAUGUAUUUAUAAAUAACUAAUUUCAAAGCCAAAUAUAUUGGAAUGAAAAGUAGGACUAGGUCUAUGAAGGAAUAGCAAUUCUCAAAUACUAAGCAAGCCAAUUUUAACAUUGAGCCAGAGCACUAGAUCUUGGAAGUUUAAAGUAGGACUCAUAAGCGGAAAUUACGGUCUGUCUCAACCACAAACAAAUAUAAACCUAAUUCUCCUAAAUGGAUCAAUCACUAAUUAGCAGAAGUCUAUUUGCAAUAGUAAUACCCCUUUAAAUCUAUCCAAAUCAAAAAGCAGUAUUAAAAAUAUAAUAAUAAAACUGUUGAAUUGGGUUCUGGGAAAAAUUCAGCAAAUCAAAAUGGUAAAUUGAAUAGAUCGGAAAAUUAGAUUAAAAAGAAGCAAUUAAAUAUUUAAUUAAUGAUUACUAAUAACAUCAAUUAAACAAGUUCUACUUAAAAUUCAAAUGGUGGAUAACCUAUUUAAAUCCCUAAUGUAACCUAAUAACAAUAGUUAUUUAAGAAGAAAAAAAAUAAUUCCUCUUUUAAUUUUGAUUAAAUAACAACUAAAAGCCCUGUUAAUCUGUUUGUCUAGAAAUAAAGAGAUGAGAAAAAACCUUCGACAAUGCAAUCGAAGUUUAAAUCUGUAAUAAAACAAUAUUGA